GGCCUCUCAAGUUAAGCUGAUCGUGCUCCUUGGGUCUAUUAACCAUGUCUGGUGCAGUAGGCCGCGAGGCAGUCUUCCCGACUCGCCAGUCGUUGGGGUUAAUGAAGAGUAAACUGAAAGGCGCGGAAACCGGACACAGCUUGCUAAAGAGGAAGAGUGAAGCGCUGACCAAGCGUUUUCGGGAGAUCACUCGACGUAUCGAUGAAGCCAAACAGAAGAUGGGGAGGGUCAUGCAGAUUGCCGCGUUUUCUUUGGCGGAAGUGAGCUACGCCGUUGGAGGCGAUAUCGGCUACCAGAUUCAAGAAUCCGCCAAGCAAGCACGAUUCCGUGUACGCGCCAAACAAGAUAACGUCUCCGGUGUCCUCCUGCCUCACUUUGAGAGCUACACGGAGGAAGGAAUUAACGACUUCGGCUUAACUGGUCUCGGAAAAGGAGGUCAGCAAGUUCAACGGUCUCGAGAGACGUACGCUCGCGCGGUCGAAACCUUGGUUGAGCUUGCAAGCUUACAGACUGCGUUUGUUAUUCUGGACGAGGUAAUCAAGGUUGUCAAUCGGAGAGUCAACGCGAUUGAACAUGUUAUUAUUCCCCGGACCGAGAACACCAUUAAAUACAUUAUGUCCGAACUCGACGAACUGGACAGAGAAGAGUUCUACCGACUUAAGAAGGUAUCAGGUAAGAAGCAGCGCGACACUGCAGCUGCAGACGCCGAGAUUGAGGCCGCGCGGGCAGCCGCCCGAGAGAAAGAGGGCCAAAAAGCAUUGGAACCAGAAAAGGAAGCACCUGACGCCCCUGAUGUCCUCGGAGAGGAAGAAGAUGCAGAUGUCAUUUUCUAGUUUUAUUCCCCUUUAUAUUUCUAUUCCCUGUCUCUAUAACUGUUAUACUUUCUAGCAUGUAGCUGUCAUUGGUAUCAUUCAUU